AUGUCUGACGAGAAACCUUCUAAUAAAGGGCCAUCCGCUCAUAUUCCAAGUGCAGAUGUGAAAUAUUCCAACCCUUACAAUGGGCUUGUCUAUAAUUUUUACACUUGGUUAUAUGAUUUUGUUUUAUUUAUAUUAAAUAUUUUGUUUAUGAUAUUCUUUAGAGAAGUUAAAGUUAGAGGUGGUCACAAUAUUCCUCCUGUCGGUACACCAACUAUUAUAGUUUGUGCUCCUCAUGCAAACCAAUUUAUUGAUCCUUCUUUAGUUAUGAUAACCGCAAGAAAAGUUGUAUAUGAUAAUGACAAAUUUGACGUAAACAGAUCAAGACAAACUUGCUUUGUAACAGCUGCUUCAGGUUUCAAAAAACCAAUAGUUGGACAAUUUGGUAUUGCUACUGGUGGUAUCCCAGUGCCAAGACAACAAGACAAUUUAUCAAAAGUUGACAAUAGGAUUGUAUUAUAUUGUCCUGAUAUGAAUAAACCAACUGUUAUUAAAGGUCGUGUCACAGAUAAUUCUUUAGAGAAUCCAGGCUUUACUAAAAGAUUCACUCCAAAAGGUUUAGUUGGUUUGCCUAAUUUCUUAGCAAACGCAAAAAUUGAAUCAAUCCCUGAUGAUUAUACUAUCAUUCUUUCUUCACCUUUCAAGAAUAUCGAUGCUCCUAUCCAGGAAAAAAUCAAUUAUCACAUAGAAAAUGGAUGUACGUUCAAAUAUGCUCCAAAGGUUGAUAAUUCAAAAGUGUUCCAAAAUGUCUUCAAUCAUUUGGAUACCAAAGGUUGUGUCGGUAUUUUCCCUGAAGGUGGUUCACACGAUAGACCAUCACUAUUACCAAUUAAGGCUGGUGUCGCAAUUAUGGCUCUAGGUGCAACUGCUGCAGACCCAACCUUAAAAGUUUCUAUCGUUCCUUGUGGUUUAAAUUAUUUCCAUAGACAAAAAUUCAGAUCUAGAGCGGUUAUUGAAUAUGGUGAACCAAUUAUAGUCGAUGGUGAAAUGGGUAAACACUAUAAAGAAGAUCCUCGUGGUGCUGUCUCAAAGUUAUUGAAAAAGGUUACCGAUGCUUUAUACUCAGUGACAGAGAAUGCUCCUGAUUAUGAAACUUUAAUGACAAUCCAAGCCGCACGUAGAUUAUAUAAACCAGCUUCAAACAACAAAAAGAUACCACUGCCUGUUGUUUGUCAAGUCAAUAGAAAUUUACUAUUGGGGUAUUCUAAAUUUAAAGAUGAUCCAAGAAUUAUCAAUUUGAAGACUGCUGUACAAAACUAUAACGAAAGACUAUAUUCCUUAGGUAUUAAAGACCAUCAAGUUCUUAUGUUAAAAACUGGAACUGCUGCAAAUAUAAGAACACUUGUUGUUCUGCUUAACAGAAUAAUUAAACUUGGUGCCUUCUUUACAUUGGCUUUACCUGGUACGAUUCUGUUUACUCCUGUAUUUGUUAUAGCUCACUAUUAUUCAAAGAAGAAGCAGGAAGAAGGAUUAAAAAAAUCAGUAGUUAAAAUAAAGGGUAUUGAUUUGAUCGCAACUUGGAAAGUUAUGGUUGCUUUAGGCUUUGCUCCAAUUCUUUACAUUACCUAUUCUUUAAUCUUGGUAUACACCGCAUCAACCCAUAGAAAUUGGUUAAGUUGGUUAUGGAUACCAUUCAGCAACAAGGUUAUGCAAUUCUUUUAUUUCUAUGGUUUACUUGUCCUAACUACUUAUGGUAGUUUGAAAACAGGUGAAGUUGGUAUGGAUUUGUUAAAAUCUUUAGCUCCUCUAUUUGUGACACUACUAUACCCAGAAGAUACAAUAACUGAUAUCCAGAAAUUACGUAAUGAAUUAAGUGAUGAAAUUACUGACAUUUGUAAUGAGUUGGGUCCUGAAGUAAUACCAAACUUUGAAAGUUACAGGAAUUCAAGAAAAAGUGACGAGGACAAAAGUGACAGUCGCUCAUCUUCAGUUACACGUAGCCGUUCUUCAUCAUUUAGCUCCCUAUUCUCUAAUGCUUUGUCCAGAGUUAAUUCUAGAGGUUCCUUAACUGAUAUUCCAAUCUUUGCAGAUGGCAGGAAUUUCAAUGAAACUGAAGAUAGUAGUAGCAGUGAUGAAGAAAUUGAUGAUGACAAUAUCUUUCCUUCAAAAAUUACUUCGAUCAUUAGAGCGAGACGUCAAAAUGAAAAGAAGGAGCAAUAA